CUACCCGAGUCCUGGAAGCAACUACCCGAGUCCUGGAAGCAACUACCCGAGUCCUGGAAGCAACUACCCGAGUCCUGGAAGCAACUACCCGAGUCCUGGAAGCAACUACCCGAGUCCUGGAAGCAACUACCCGAGUCCUGGAAGCAACUACCCGAGUCCUGGAAGCAACUACCCGAGUCCUGGAAGCAACUACCCGAGUCCUGGAAGCAACUACCCGAGUCCUGGAAGCAACUACCCGAGUCCUGGAAGCAACUACCCGAGUCCUGGAAGCAACUACCCGAGUCCUGGAAGCAACUACCCGAGUCCUGGAAGCAACUACCCGACGGGCGCCGUCCA